AUGCACAACUCCAAAUUAAACUCGAAAGAUUUUUGUGUUGUUAGAGAAAAGAGCUAUGCUGCCUCAACUUCUUCCGAAGUCAGGCUCGAACAAAUAGGGGAAACCUGUAAGGGGGUGACGGAACGGCACUUGGACUGGCGGAGCCGAUUGUCUGCCCUGGGACUCACCUGCGCAGAAGUUACUGGUGAUACCGAGCACGACGACAUAUCCGUCAUCAGGAACUCUCAGGUGGUGCUGACGACACCGGAAAAAUGGGAUUCCCUCACCCGCCGCUGGAGGGACCACGCAUCCGUUAUGCAGGCUGUUUCUCUUCUCCUCAUUGAUGAAGUACAUUUGCUGAACGAUGAGAACCGCGGACCCACUCUAGAGGCUGUCGUGUCCCGCAUGAAGACCAUUCGAUCCACCCGACCCAACACGGAUAAUAGCAAUGUUGCCCUCAGGUUCAUUGCUGUGUCUGCGACGAUCCCCAACAUAGAAGAUGUGGCGGCCUGGCUCUCGGAUGAACACGGUCCCGCGGUAGCACACAAGUUGGAGGAGGCUCUGCGACCAGUGAAGCUUCGCCAAGUUGUACUAGGAUAUGAGAGCCGGGAGUCCUGGAGUGAGUUUCGCUUUGACCUCUCCCUCAACUACCGCCUCCCAUCCGUCAUCAGCACUUACAGUGAUAACAAGCCAACCCUGGUCUUCGUGUCGACCAGGAAGGCUGCACAAUCAACUGCGACAACGCUGACGAAGGAGGCGCGGCUGGUGAGGGACUCUGCCCACAAACAGAUACUAAGCGCUGUCGCCAAUUCCCUCAGGGACAACAAACUCAGAGAAUGUGUGUUGUGUGGGGUUGGAUAUCACCAUGCCGGACUGGAAACCACUGACCGCCAUCAACUUGAAGAACUCUUCAUGGACGGCCAACUUCCCGUUCUUGUUGCCACCAGCACCCUCGCCAUGGGUGUGAACUUGCCGGCGCACCUGGUGGUGAUAAAGUCGACGGAGCAGUACGUGGGUGGCGCCUACCAGGAGUACUCUGCUGCCCAGCUGCUGCAGAUGAUGGGUCGCGCUGGCAGGCCUCAGUUCGACACCCACGCUACUGCUGUCAUCAUGACUAAGAACCAGCACAAGGUGAAGUAUGAGAACCUGGUGACGGGUCGCUGCAUCUUAGAAUCCCACCUUCACCUGCACCUCAUCGAGCAUCUGAACGCUGAGAUCGUGCUUGGUACAGUGACGGACCUAGGUGUGGCUGUGGAAUGGCUCCGCUCAACCUUCCUGUAUGUGAGAGUCCAACACAACCCACGCCACUACAAAAUCCCACAAAACCUCCAGCAAGCCCAACUUGAAGACAAGCUACAAGAGAUGUGCAUGCGAGAGGUGAACGCACUGGCCCGGGCGGGACUGAUUGUGAUGAACGAAGUAGAUGUGAAACCUACCCCGCCUGGACGACUUAUGGCCAGGUAUUGCGUCUCCUUCAACACCAUGGAGACCUUCAUACAGAUGCAUGGAGAAGAGAGUUUAAAGGAGCUGUUGGAGACAGUGUGUGGGUGUCGAGAGUUCUGGGACAUCAAGGUACGGACGUCUGAGAAACGAUUACUUAACGAGUUAAACAAGAGCCAGACGACGUCCAUACGCUUCCCCAUUAAAGGCAGGAUCAAGACCAGAGAGCAGAAGAUCAACUGCUUGGUACAGGCGACGUUAGGGUGCCAGACCAUCCUAGAUCCUGGACUAAGUCAGGACGCAAACAAGAUUAUGCGCACCGGACAACGCAUCACCAAGUGUAUGUAUUAG